GCUCAUUGUCUGUAAUAUAGUGGUAUGUUUUUUGCUAGGUUGGUUUUUUGAGCUUAAUGGUAUAAUGGACGGAAAUGUAGACGUUGAAAAGGCGCUGAUAUUUGUCUGGCAGUAUUAUUUCCCCGCAUAUACAAGAGCAGCGCCAUGGUUGAUAGGAAUUAUAUUGGGGUACCACCUAUACUUGUCCAAAAAGAAGAGGUAUGAGCUGUCUACGAAAAUUGUCGCAGGUGCGUGGAUUCUCAGCUUGAUGAUUAUGUGCGCAAUUGCAUUUGGGGGUCAUGGUCUGAUUACUUCAGAAUAUCGUAGGGUGUUAAACGCACUCUACAUGGCUUUGAUCCGCCCGGCCUGGGCGUUAGCUGUAGUCGCCGUGAUUUUUACAUGUGCCAAUGGUUACGCAGGUCCAGUAAAUUGGUUCCUUUCGUUGCCCAUAUUUGAAGUGCUAUCACGUUUUACUUACACACUUUACAUUGUACACUUCAUCGUCAUUUUUGUUCUAACAAGUCAAAUGAGGACAACUGUGCCGUUUAGCAACUUGGAGGCGAUGCACCAGGUUUGGGGCGACUUUGCGUUUACGUUUUUCGUCGCGACGCUUGUAACUUUAGCGUUUGAGCUACCCAUGAUCGAAAUUGAAAAGAUCAUAUUUGCAAAGAAGAAAAAUGAGUUAACUGAUGGUGGGUCAAAGCAGCCUUAAUUUUGUUUUUAGUUGAGUCAACGUCUGGAGGACAGUAAAAAUACGGAAGCCGGUCCUAGUAUAUAUUAAUAAAAUAAGAUAGCAAGUACCUACUUAUAAUUUCCCAGUACUGGGGAGAGGCUAAGAUUAGUGUGCGACUAUUAUAGAAACUAUAUAUUUAGUGAACAUUUACUUCAGUAGCUGCUUACUUAUUAGGUAAUAACUUAAUAACUGGUUAAGGGAAUUAGAGAAUUAUGUUUA